UAUUUUGGCCUUUUUUUCUGCGAAAGAAAUGAAAAAGGGUGGUAGAUGUGUAGAAUCAAUGUAGAUGAGAGACAUUGAAGCACCUCGAGGUUGAUUGGGUACACCGUAACACGAAGCAAGCAACAAUGGCGGAAAACGAAAAUACAAGGCUUCUCCAGUUCGCGCCCUUUCAGAGCGCCGUAGACGAGGGUUUUUGGAGGAGACUGUCUUCUCUCAAGCUCGACACCUUAGGGAUUGACCAAUCGCCCAUCGCCAUCACCGGUUUUUAUGCACCAUGUUCACAUGCUCAAGUUUCAAAUCAUUUAACACUUAUUGCUGAAUCUUUGCCCCAUGAACCAAGUGGACAAUCAUCAGCAUCAGCAGUAACUCGUGGCAACAGGAACAGGUGCCCUGUACCAGGCAUACUUUACAACACAAACACACUGGAAAGUUUCCAUGGCCUAGAUAAACAGAGAUUGUUGAAAGCAGAGGCAAAGAAGAUUUGGGAUGACAUCUGUUCUGGAAAAGCAGAGGAGGAUGGUGCAGUGCUAUCCAGAUUCCUUCUAAUCUCAUUUGCUGACCUAAAAAAGUGGAGAUUCCAUUACUGGUUUGCCUUUCCUGCCCUGGUGCUUGAUCCUCCAGCGACAUUGAUUGAUUUGCAGCCAGCUUCGCAGUAUUUCAGUUUAGAGGAGGCAGAAUCUCUGUCAGCAGCUUGUAAUGCACGGCGUACAUCAAGUGUAAUGGCAGAUGUACCAUUCUUUCUAGUUACUAUAUCUUCAAAUUCACAUGCCACAGUUAGGCCAUUAAAAGAUUGGGAAGCCUGCAAGGGUGAUGGCCAAAAGAUUCUUUUUGGUUUCUAUGAUCCAUGCCAUCUCCCUAAUAAUCCCGGUUGGCCUCUUCGUAACUUUCUUGCACUUAUAUGUUCAAGGUGGAAUCUAGAGAAGGUUCGCUUUCUCUGCUAUCGAGAGCAACAUGGCUAUGCAGAUUUGGGUUUGUCCCUUGUUGGUGAAGUUUUGCUUUCAGUUCCACAAGGUUGGAGAGACCAUCAGUCUAUACCUAAUGCCGUGGGAUGGGAACUAAACAGAGGCAAGAAGAUUUCCAGGUGUAUAAGGCUUGCUGAAUCCAUGGAUCCAAUGAGGUUGGCCAUUUCUGCAGCAGAUCUGAAUUUAAAACUCAUGAGAUGGCGUGCUUUGCCAUCUUUAAACCUAAACAUCCUGUCAACUACCAGGUGCCUUCUCUUAGGAGCAGGGACACUUGGGUGCCAGGUUGCUCGUAUGCUCAUGGCUUGGGGUGUCCGGAAAAUUACACUACUUGACAGUGGUCGGGUGGCUAUGUCUAAUCCAUUAAGGCAGUCUCUGUAUACCUUCAAUGACUGCCUCAAUAGUGGUGAUUUAAAAGCCAUGGCAGCAGCUAGAAGUCUCAAGCAAAUAUUUCCAGCUGUGGAAGCUGAAGGCAUUGUAAUGGCAAUACCAAUGCCUGGACACCCAGUGACAGCUCAAGAAGAAGGUAGUGUGGUUGAAGAUUGCAAACGUCUUCAAGAUUUAAUUAUUUCUCAUGAUGCAGUUUUCUUGUUGACUGAUACAAGGGAAAGUCGAUGGCUUCCAACACUUUUUUGUUCCAAUGCCAAUAAGAUAACUAUAACUGCAGCUUUAGGAUUUGACAGCUUUGUAGUUAUGCGUCACGGAGCUGGUCCUUUCGGUUCUAGUAGUGACUAUAAAAGUGAAGAUGAAAAUACCUUGGCAACUUCUAUGGCCAACUUAUCCCCAUCAGAAGAUGGACACAGGCAGUUAGGUUGUUACUUCUGCAAUGAUGUGGUUGCUCCUAUUGAUUCAACUGCUAACCGCACAUUGGAUCAGCAAUGUACUGUUACACGACCAGGACUUGCUCCCAUUGCUUCUACCCUUGCUGUUGAGCUGUUGGUGGGAAUUUUACAUCACCCCAAUGGGAUACUUGCCCCAGGUGAGGUUGCCAGCUCCAAUGGUGGGGGGAGUAGUGAACAACCUCUUGGUAUUUUACCCCAUCAGAUCCGUGGUUCCCUCUCUCAAUUCUCUCAGAUGACUCUUGUUGGUCACUCCUCUAGCAGUUGUACAGCCUGUAGCAGUUCUGUGGUAUCUGAAUACAGGAAUAGGGGGAUGGACUUUAUUCUUCAAGCUAUUAACCACCCCGCAUAUUUAGAGGACCUCACAGGACUAACAGAGUUGAUGAGGUCUGCAACCUCCUUUAAACUUGAUUGGGAUAAUGAAACUGACAGCGAUGAUGAUAUUGCUGAGAUAUGACUUGCUCUUUUUUCCUCUUGGCAAUUGUUCAAAACACAAUAGGAAGUCGUCCCCUGUAUAUUUUCUUUGUAAUAUUUACAGUUGCCCUUGUAAUCAGUUGUAGUGUUGUACAGAUCUGCUCCUUAUAUUAAGCAAAGGCGCCUUCCUCUUUGUUGGAAAUUCUGGCGGCAUUUUUUUUCCA